AUGUAUAAUGCUACAGCACUGAAUAUCUUAGAAACCGCUGCUGUGUCUCAUUUGCUCAGCUAUCACGGAGUUCAACAAAGUAUCGCCGUUUAUGUUAGAACUGGAGGUGCUUCGUGGUUUGUCUGUGAUGCUGUGCAGCGUUUUGUCGAACUACCCACGUACACUGAGGUGAAUCCGGGUGAAGACGGUCUGUUAAAAUGCCGGAUAUCCGAUAAGAAAGGCGUGUGUUCAUGGCAGAAGGAUAAUAAGCCAGUUGGUAUUUAUCGAGGCAAGUACGAAUGGGCGAACGAAAACAGUCCGAUGGGCGGUGACUGCUCACUUUGGGUACGAGCAGCCACUUUGCAGCUGGAUGACGGUCAGUGGCAAUGUCAGGUCACAGCCAGCAAUUAUGAUGUUCAGGACGCUCUUUCGAGUCCACCAGCAGCUCUAGCUGUGCGAGUUCCCCCUCAGACACCAAGAAUACUAUACAACGGAUCCCAUGUGUUACCUGGUCAAAACAUAACUGUCCCAGCUGGUGGUCGUGCCACUGUGGUCUGCGAAGCGAGAUAUGGGAAUCCUCCAGCUUAUAUCGAAUGGUAUUUAGAAAAAGAACGACUAACUGCGUGGAGUCAAACAAACUCCUCGGAGGUAGAAAGACCACGUGUUUGGGCGGCGCGUUCGGUGCUCGAGCUGGGAGCGACAAGAACGGCUCAUGGAAAACAGCUUUCUUGUAGGGCGCAUCAUCCGUCUUAUCCGUCUCCGUAUUAUAGAGAUUCAUACACGAUGUUGGAUGUGACAUUUGUUCCUGAAGUGUCUAUUGUGGGAGCAGACGCCAGCUCUCUCGCGAGUCUUGAAGAAGGUUCCAGUGCAUUAACUCUCGAAUGUCGUGCUGAUGGGAAUCCUAGUCCUUACGUUUGGUGGACUAGGGAUGGUCAAGUAAUCGCCACUAAUGGUGCUAAGCUGAUAAGAGCUCCAGUGAAUAGGAAUGAUUCUGGUAUCUACGGUUGCCAAGCUCGGAAUUCACUAGGAACGUCUGAUUCUGUUAAAAUAGAGGUUGACGUGAAAUUUCCUCCGAGAGUGACAUGGGUUGGACCGGACACAGUGGUAGAAGCAAACCUGUUCUCUGAAGUCACUUUAGAGUGUAAAGCUGAAGGCAACCCUACACCAUCCUAUCAAUGGUAUCAUAAUCCUAACUUGUCGUCGAUGAGCGGUCACUUAGACGAUGGUUACCCGAUAUCGUCCACACCGCAGCUGUUGCUACACAACGUGUCAUACAACCAACACGGAAGAUACACGUGCAUCGCUACCAACCACAUCGGCCUUGAAGAAAGGAGCCACCAGUCCGAGGCGCUGACGCUGAACGUGCUCGGGCCGCCGGUGGGCGCGGAGGCGCUGGGCGCGCACGCGUGGCGCGGCGCGGAGGGCCGCGUGCAGGCGGCCGUGUGCGCCGACCCGCCGCCGCGCCGCGCCGCCUGGCUGUGGGGCAGCCUGCGCCUCGACGUGCCCUCGCACAUCGGUCGCUUCAAGGCAUUGGAACCAAACAACAUAAACGGAUGCUAUCGCUACACGCUGCUGAUAAGCAGUACCAGCCUAUCAGACGCUCGCGUGUAUGUGCUGCACGUAGAAAACGAACGGGGUUUCUCAUCGCACUCUGUUGCUCUCACUGUGCACGAGAAUUUUUCGCUAACAGAGACAGCGCACGUGGCGCCGCUGAUCGCGGGCGCGCUGCUGCUCGCCGCGCUGCUGGUGCUGGCGCUGUGCCUCGCCGUGCGCUGCCGGAGGAGGCGAGAUAGCGUCGAAUACAAGACUGAUGAUUUAGAUAGCGAGAAGACAGUACUACCCGCCGAUGCGGUAUACUCGCCACGCGACCAGCCUCGGACCGCAGCCUUGCGGGUAGGGAUGGGUGGGCCGGAGCGCGUGCCGGGGGUAGCGGGAGUAGUGGGGGGAGCGGGGGGAGCGGGGGGAGCGGGUGGCGGCGCGCGGUACUCUCCCGGCGCGCUGCAAGUACGUCGCGCGGCCGUCGUGCUCCAACCCCCCACCACCGUGUGAGCUGCACAGGCAGCGAUGUCUUCGUUGGAGAAGGAAGCCAAAGAAAACGUUUAUGCGGUGUACGAUCCGCAUAUUCAGUACGAGUUAACUAUAAAUAAGCACGGGGAACCGCCUAAAUACUUAUCGCUAUCUAAGCCUCUAACACACCAAAGAACGCACGCUUUUGAUCCGCAACAUUUUAAAUUUAGCGAAAUUAAUAAUAAUUUCUUUAACGAAAACAAUCUCACUACAUUUAAAACUGAUCAAAGGAAUAGGAAAUCUAAUCGUAG